CCUGUCUUCGACUACACGCCUUCCCUUCCACUCCCACUUCCCCUUCCCUCUAUCAUCAUUAGCCAUGUCUUCUUGUCUCCACUCUUCUCCCGCUUUCCUCCCCUCGCCCAUCACCGCCCCUCUCUCUCCCUCCUCCUAUCUUCUCUGUAUUGGCGGAUAUGCCAAUGCUUCUUCGCGUCAGCACCUACCCAAACCCCACAGAGACUCUACAUACGGGUCCUUGUGAAAAACCCACAAUCUUUUUCUAUUUCUUUUGCUUUUCUCUACGCCGGUUGCGUGUCGCGGCUCGUUUGUUUCUUUAGCUUUAUAUAUACCCACUUUCAAAAAAUAAAUAAAUUUGUAAUUGAUACUUUGGGACCAUGCUUUUGCUCUGCUGUGUUGGGGGUUUGAACAGGGCUAAAGGCGAUUCGGUCUUAGCUGUAAGGGCGGUGUGGGGUUCAUGGGAUCAUUGAUUAUUACUUAUGAUCUAUGAUUGUAAUUAACCCGGUAAUUCUGGUGUCAAUUCGGGUUGACUCUCUGCGACUACAAUUGGACUUGCAGUUUACGUGUUUGGUGGGCUGUCUUUUCCUACUUUGCUUGCUUCUGGGGAAUCGCGUCGUGGGUUGAGAAGUUGUUUACAAAUUUGAAGUGAGGGGCGCAGAAAGGAGGAAUCUUUAUAUGAAGUAAAGGAAGGUUGAGUGGGCGGAUCAGUAAUGGCACCUGCUGGGAAGGUUACUUCAUUCUAUCGUCAGGGAAAUGACUGGUUUUGCAAUGCAAGUUUGCCAAGUGAUAUUUCUUUGAUUGUAGAUGGAGUGAACUUCCACCUUCACAAGUUUCCACUUAUAUCAAAAUGCGGGAGGAUAUUUAAAGCACUCGAAGAAGCUCAAAGUACCAACGGACAGACUUCUGCAACGAGACUAGAAGACUUUCCUGGUGGUGCUGACAUAUUCUUGAUCACCGUAAAAUUCUGUUAUGGUUGUCGGGUGGAAUUCACUCCGAGGAACAUUGUGAUGGUUUAUUGUGCAGCGGACUACCUAGAAAUGACAGAUGAGUAUGGAGAAAAUAAUUUACUGUCCAAAUCAGAUGAUUACUUUCAUAAGAACAUAUUAACGAACUGGAAAGAUUGCAUUUUGGCUCUCCAAAGCUGUAACUCCAUGAUUCCAAGAGCGAUCAAACUCGAAAUUAUUGGCAAAUGUUUAAAUGCUCUUUCGGUGAUGGUCUGUACAGAUCCUAGUUUGUUCGGAUGGCCUAUGCUGAUGUAUGGAAGCUUACAAAGCCCGGGAGGUAGCAUCUUGUGGAACGGCAUAAACACCGGUGCGAGAAUCCAAAGCACAGCAUCUGACUGGUGGUUCGAGGACAUCUCGUAUCUUAGUGUCCCGUUAUUCGAGAGAUUAAUUCAGACAAUGGAAACGAAAGGUAUAAGACCCGAAAGCUUAGCGGGUGCUAUAAUGCACUAUUGCAGGAAGUAUCUCCCGGGACUGGGCCGAUGGCAAAGUGGACAAAUUGUUACGAGUAGAACUGUUGCGAGUUUCAGCAUGACACCCGCUACGGUUGAUCAGAAGGUUCUUCUCGAAAGCAUAGUGAAACUUCUCCCUACAAAGAAAGGAAAGUCGUUUUGCCGUUUCCUAUUGGGCCUUCUACGUGUUGCCUUGAUCUUGGGUAUUAACCACUCGUGCCAGGAGACUCUGGAAAGGAGAAUAGGAAUGCAGCUCGAGCUGGCAACAUUAGAUAGUUUGCUGAUACCUUCGUAUUCGGAUUCCGAUACGUUAUAUAAUACUGAUUGUGUUGAACGAAUGAUUCGUCACUUCAUCUCGGAGCCAGCGGUCACUACGGUUUCUCCAUCUUCAUUUGAUUUGGGAACGUCGCCAUCAUCUGAACCUCUGCGCCGAGUUGCGAAGUUGAUGGAUGGUUAUAUUGCGGAGAUUGCUUCGGACGUGAACCUGAAGCCUGAAAGGAUACGGGCACUGGCUGAAGCCUUGCCAGAUUCUUCAAGAUCUCUUCAUGAUGGACUGUACCGAGCUGUGGAUAUAUACUUCAAGGCUCAUCCUUGGCUCCCGGAUAGAGAUAAGGAACAGCUUUGCAACAUCAUCGACUUCCAAAAACUCUCAAUCGAUGCUUGUGCGCAUGCAUCUCAAAACGAAAGAUUGCCUCUUCGAAUAAUUCUCCAAGUUCUAUUCUUCGAGCAGUUACAGUUAAGAACCGCAUUAGCUGGUUGCCUCCAUGUCUUGGACACGGAAAGUGCUAAUGCUGCUCCCGCUGCUGGUCCAAGCGACAUGGCGGGCCAUAUUGUACAGAGAGACGGGUGGGUGACCGUUGUGCGUGAAAACCAGGUCCUUAGAGUGGAUUUGGAGAGGAUGAGGUCUCGAGUUGGAGAAUUGGAGGAAGAGUUUAGUAAGAUCAAGCAAGAAAUGAGAAAGGUGUCGAAAUCACAUAGUCAUCUAAGUUCUCCCCGCUUCCUCGCCCGGAGGAUGGGGUGCAAACUGCUCCCCCGAUCUUCUGACGCUCAACCAGACGUUAUUGGAAGCACGGGACCCACACCAAGAGCGUCGGUUGAGCAUCCUAGAACAUCCGGGGGGCAUCGGAAGAGUUUCUCGUUGUUUUGAGCAUCAUUAUGUGAAGAAGUGCUUUGAAAGGUAAUGGCUUUUGCAAAUGGAGUAUCAAGGAGCCAAGAGAAUUUGUUUUUGGUUAUAUACAUACCUGUACAGAUGAGUGUACAUUUCAAUGUUAUUAAUUGGUAUGGAAAAUGCUAUUUGCACACAAAAAUUUUAUAGGCAUUGAUGUGGUCUCAUAGUUUUUGGUUAAUACAUACCUGUACAGACCACACCAGCAUGCCAAAAUUGUGUUCAAAAAUUUGUGUGCAUUUAGCAUUAUCCAAUUAAUAGUUUGUGUUAUUUGUUUAUUCUAUGUUUUGUAAAAAGAAAAUUGAAUGCAUUAUAGGGAUGUCCAACUAUGGCUCGUUUUGUA